AAUCCCCGGUUACCCGGACUUGGAUACGAUCAUCCCGUAUAUACAACCUCGAACCCAUCUUGUCACCGACUCCUCCCAACCCAGCUUGUCUGAAUCGGUAGGGAGAAGCUCAGACACCGCUGUGAUACCUUGAUCAUGUCAUCCUCGCCAUUCCUCCCAUCUACGCUUCCCCUUCUGCCUCUACCGCCGCCUCAAGUCUUAUAUCCAAAUCUACAAGUCUCCGUCCCAUUACCAUCCGCCCAACUGGCCCUUGUUCUAAACUCCAUAGCGGACAAUGCAAAAACCCAGAAGGCUGAAGACAGUGGUAGGAUGAUAGCGGUCGUACCAGUCGUAGAGAUCGAGCGCAGAGUCGGCCGAUGGGCAUGUGCGGCUCGAGUAAAAAGAAUCGAGAGGUCAACAAAGGAUCAGGAUACGUUCCAUCUUAUUCUUGAAGGUCUGGCUAGAAUACGGCUUCCUCGAUCACUGCCUCCCGUCUUGUCUAUUUUACCGCCUAUACCCCUGCACAUAUCGACAUUCUCCCUACCCUUAUCCCUGGCCUCCCCCAAUCAUACCGAUCUUCUACCUUUGGCAAAGGCCCUCUUGCCUCCCCAACUACAUGAUCGAAUGGAGGGUAUCCCUCCAUCUUUAUUAUCGGAUCUUCUUGUGUCCGUGCUCAGUGUCGAUUGGGAGAAGAGAGUCGAAUUACUAGGUGUUCCCGAUGUCGAGACUCGUUGCGUCAAAGUCAAGGAGAUCUUAAUGGAUCAUCUUGCCGACAAAGGUGGUCUUACACCAUCGAAGAAGCUUGAGCAGUCUCGGUCGGUCCCAUCUACAUCCACAGCUUUGAUUCGCCGGCCACCACAAGCUCGCUCAAGUCCUAGAUCCCCACUGCCAGAAGAUCUCCAGCUCCUGCAGAAUACCCUCGAUCGGCGAUUUGACGAAAUAUCCCCUUCGGCCCUAUCAGCGAUCAAUCGAGAGCUCGAGAGGUUGACCAAAAUACCACCUCAGUCAGCUGAAUAUGGUGUCGGUCGGACCUAUGUGGAGUGGCUUCUGUCUCUUCCCUGGAAAAAGGUCAGCGAGAUUGACGACAAGCUGGACUUGAAGGUCGCUCGAGACAGAUUAGACGAGGAGCACGAGGGCUUACAGGCGGUAAAGAGGAGAGUCGUGGAGUAUCUGGCGGUCUAUCGACUGAAGAAACAACUGUUCCUGCAAGAUCUGGCUGCGAGGAAGGAAGCCUCUCCUGGCCCCCAUGCCUCAACAAUUGUUUCUGAGGAGCCAAUCGAUGCGAGGGGAAUCAUCGGUCCAGCACCGGCCAAACCUUCCAGCCAAGCCAUGGACCAAGAGGACCCUCCCAAAGAUAUAUACAGGGAUAAGGGUCCUAUACUCCUGCUCGUCGGUCCGCCAGGAGUCGGCAAGACAUCCAUCGCUCGGUCUCUCGCCGAGUCCCUGGGUCGCAAAUUCCAUCGCAUAUCCCUCGGCGGGGUCAGGGAUGAGGCGGAGAUAAGAGGUCACAGGAGGACCUACGUCGGAGCGUUACCCGGGCUCCUAGUUCAAGGUCUGCGGAAAGUUGGCACCUCGAAUCCCCUAAUAUUGCUAGACGAGCUGGAUAAAGUCGGCAGCUCGUCCUUCCACGGGGAUCCCUCCGCUGCCCUACUUGAGACUUUAGAUCCCGCCCAGAAUUGGUCGUUUCACGAUCACUACUUGGGGGACGUCCCGAUCGACCUGUCUCAAGUCUUAUUCAUCGCUACAGCCAAUACGCUCGAGACCAUUUCUGCACCUCUUCUAGACCGAUGCGAAGUGAUCGAAUGCUCCGGAUAUGUCGUAGAAGAGAAGCUUAAGAUUGCGAAGAGGUUUCUCUUGCCAAAGCAAGCCAGAGAGAAUGGUCUAGACAAGGAGAAGGUAGUGGUUGACGAUCAAGUGAUGCUCAAGAUCGUGACUGACUACACUCGAGAGGCAGGAGUUCGAAGUCUCGAAAGGGAGAUUGGCAAAGUCUGUCGGUGGAAGGCUGUUCAGUGGUCUGCUGCUAGGGACAAUGGCGAACAAUCUAUGUUUCACCCAACCGUAUCCCUCAGCGACCUUGAGGAUAUCCUCGGGCUGGCGAAAUUUGAUAUUGAGGUCAGAGAAGAACAACACAGACCAGGUGUCGUAAACGGACUAGCAUAUCAAGGGUCUGGAAUUGGCGGGAUUCUCUUGAUUGAAUCUACCCUUGUCCCUGGAGGCAAAGGUCGACUCGUUACUACUGGUAGUUUGGGAGACGUCAUAUCCGAGUCCGCUGAGCUAGCCCUGACAUGGGUUCGAUCUCGAGCCAACGAUCUAGGUAUCACAUCGGACAUAGACGCAGAUCCGCUCAGAGGCGUUGACAUACAUAUCCAUUUGCCAGCCGGUGCAGUCAAGAAGGAUGGACCUAGCGCAGGAGUCGGCAUGGUCUUGGCGAUGGUCAGUCUGUUGAGUGGUCGGAGCAUCCCGUCCACAGUCGCAGUCACCGGCGAGAUCACCCUUCGAGGGGCAGUCACUGCUGUUGGCGGUAUCAAGGAGAAAGUUCUCGGUGCUCACCGUGCAGGCAUCACGAAAAUCAUCCUACCGAAACGCAACCUCAAAGACGUCCAGUCUGAUCUACCAGAAUCUGUGCGGGAAGAAAUGUCCUUUGCUUUUGUGUCAACAAUCCCCGAGGUUCUGGCAGAGAUCUGGGGCGAAGAGGUCGUAAAGAAGGGGUCUUUCAAGGUCGAAGCAAGGCUUUGACGAUUCGAGAUAAUGCUCUUGCUUCUCAUUGUAUCAGUACACACUGCCUGUUGCUUAUUGUCUGUAGCCCUGCUUGCUCAACAUGUAACACAUAUGCUCU